AAUUUAAUUUAUGGUUGGAACAAAAGACAGUUAUUCUUCAUUAAUUGAAAUAUUGCAAUGCAGAGUACUUUCCAAAAUACGCCGAGAGUAUUCCUGAUGGUGAAACGAGCGUUGCUUCAUCGAACGCAGCUAAAGAAAACAACAUCUAUGUAGUUGGUGGUACGAUGCCUGAAAUAGAGGGCGCUAAAUUGUACAAUACCUGUACUAUUUGGGGUCCCGAUGGAACUUUGAUAGCAAAACACCGAAAGGUACAUCUAUUCGACAUCGACAUUCCUAAUAAGAUUACUUUUCGAGAGAGUGAUUCACUCAGUCCUGGUAACUCCCUAACGACGUUCGAUGUGAAGGGCUGCAAAAUAGGUAUUGGCAUUUGCUAUGAUAUUAGAUUCGAGGAAAUGGCACGCAUUUAUCGGAACAAAGGUACAGUAACUUAAUCGAUCAA